AGGCCAGGAGUUCAAGACCAGCCUGGCCAACAUGGUGAAACCCCGUUUCUACUAAAAAUAUAAAAAUUAGCCCCAUGCGGCCCGGGCAAGCCCAGUGUGGGCACAGUGGCCCCGGCCCUGGAAGCGCCCCGGCAGAGCCAGCCGCGGUGAGUGAGGGGCCGGGCCGGAGCCGCGGAUCCUUCAUGAUGAGAGAUUUGGGGACACUUCUCUCUCCUCUGUGUAGUUGAUAGUUUGGUGGUGAAGAGAUGGCUGACAGUGUCAAAACCUUUCUCCAGGACCUUGCCAGAGGAAUCAAAGACUCCAUCUGGGAUAUUUGUACCAUCUCAAAGCUAGAUGCUCGAAUCCAGCAAAAAAGAGAGGAGCAGCCUCGAAGAAGGGCAAGUAGUGUCUUGGCACAGAGAAGAGCCCAGAGUAUAGAACAGAAGCAAGAGAGUGAGCCACAUAUUGUUAGUAGAAUUUUCCAGUGUUGUGCUUGGAAUGGUGGAGUGUUCUGGUUCAGUCUCCUCUUGUUUUAUCGAGUAUUUAUUCCUGUGCUUCAGUCAGUAACAGCUCAAAUUAUCGAUGACCCAUCACUACAUGGAGAUGUUUGGUUGUGGCUGGAAUUCUUCCUCAUGUCAAUUUUCAGUGCUCUUUGGGUGCUCCCCUUGUUUGUGCUUAGCAAAGUGGUGAAUGCCAUUUGGUUUCAGGAUAUAGCUGAUCUGGCAUUUGAGGUAUCAGGGAGGAAGCCUCACCCAUUCCCAAGUGUCAGCAAAAUAAUUGCUGAUGUGCUCUUCAACCUUUUGCUGCAGGCUCUUUUCCUCGUUCAGGGAAUGUUUGUGAGUCUCUUUCCCAUCCAUCUUGUCAGUCAGCUGGUCAGUAGUCUCUUGCAUAUGUCCCUUCUCUACUCACUGUACUGCCUGGAAUAUCGUUGGUUCAAUAAGGGAAGUGAAAUGCACCAGCAGUUGCCUAACAUAGAAAGGAAUUGGCCUUACUACUUUGGGUUUGGUCUGCCCUUGGCUUUUCUCACAGCAGUGCAGUCCUCAUAUAUUAUCAGAGGCUGCCUUUUCUCUAUCCUCUUUCCUUUAUUCAUUAUCAGCACCAAUGAAGCAAAGACCCCUGGCAAAGCAUAUCUCUUCCAGUUGCGCCUCUUCUCCUUGGUGGUCUUCUUAAGCAACAGACUCUUCCACAAGACAGUCUAUCUGCAGUCGGCCCCGAGCAGCUCCACUUCUGCAGAGAAGUUCCCUUCACCGCAUCUGUCGCCUGCCAAACUGAAGGCUGCUGUAGGCCACUGAGUUGCCUGCCAUCCAAAUGGAAUGGGCAGGAUUGGAAGAAAGCUGUGGCAGCUCUUUUCCCUAUUCACCUCCCCCUGCCAGGGAAGGCAGGACCCACUCUGCCAAGGGCCCUCUGCAUAUUCCCUUCUCUCUGAGGAACUGAAAUUUUUGUCUCUGGUACACGUAAGGCAGAAUGUUCCCUGACACCAGUGUGUGGAUUUUUAACAUCAGUGUGAGUCUGAAAGGACCACAAGUUUUUCUGCAGCUAUUUUCUAGCAUUUGCCAGUCCUCGUGCCUGGACUAAUUUGAAUACUUUGUUUUUCUCCCUGUGCCAUUUACCCUUCCACCUUUCCAUCCUGCCUUCCACCACCCUUGGAUGAAUGGAUUUUGUAAUUCUAGCUGUUGUAUUUUGUGGAUUUGUUAUUUUCUUUUUUUUUCUGUGAAGCACAUACAUUGGAUAUGGGAGGUAAAGGAGUGUCCCCGUUGCUCCUGGUCACUCCCUUUAUAGCCAUUACUGUCUUGUUUCUUGUAACUCAGGUUAGGUUUUGGUCUCUUGCUCCACUGCAAAAAAAAAAAA